AUGUUGAGAAGGGCAUACACGCUCUUGCACCGCCGGACACUCGCAGUAUCCUCUGCCGGGAUAGAGAAGACGGAUGUACUGAUUGUCGGGGGCGGGCCUGCUGGGCUAACGUUGGCUGCCGGCAUCAAGAACUCCCCCCAUCUUUCCGAUGUCCCAGUAACUCUAGUCGAAGGUAGCUCGCUAACGAAGAUCGCUGGGUUCUACAAAUCCCCAUCUGCGAAAUACCAUAACCGAAUCAUCAACCUAACUCCGCAGUCGAAGAACUUCCUGGAGCAAAAAGUGGGCGUCAAGUUGCUGGAAGACCGCAUACAGGCGUUCGACGGGUUCUACGUGACGGAUGGCUGCUCAUCAGGCGCGCUAGAGAUGACACGCGAGAACGUGGGAUACAUGGCGGAAAUAUUCAACAUCCAGAGCUCAGUCCUACACCGCAUGGAGCAGCUGUCGCACUCCGGGCUGGACUUGAUUGAGAACGCCAAAGUCACGUCCAUCGAGCACAGCGAUCCUGCUGAUCCACAGUCCUGGCCUAUAGUGACCCUGGACAAUGGCCGGCGCAUCCAGACGAGACUGCUGGUCGGCGCAGACGGCAAAAACUCGCCCGUGCGCAGGUUCUCAGGCGUCCAAUCCCGCGGCUGGUCAUACGGGCGCUGGGGCAUCGUUGCAAACCUACAGCUUGAGUACCCUCCGUUCAAGACACGCGGCUGGCAACGUUUCCUCCCUACGGGUCCCAUUGCACACCUGCCAAUGCCGGGUACCGAUGCCUGCCUCACGUGGAGCACAACAGAACCGCUCGCCCGUCUACUGCUCUCUCUCGAACCAGCCGCCUUCGCGACCCUGGUGAACGCGGCGUUCAUUCUCGACGACGCGGACAUGCAGUUUUACUACAAGCAUUUGCAAGAGGGCACGCUAUCGACCAGCGAACUGAUAGCCGAUGUCGAGCACCGCAUCCAACAAGUUUUCAGCAACCUACAGGACGAGGGCUUAAUAGACGAAAUAUACCCACCAAAGGUCGUCGACGUUUACGAGGGCUCGCGCGCCCGUUUCCCCCUCAGCAUGGCUCACGCGGACACGUAUGUCGCGGACCGGAUCGCGCUUGUCGGCGAUGCAGCCCACUCAACGCAUCCUCUCGCAGGUCAGGGUCUGAACAUGGGUCAAGGAGACGUUGAGGCGCUGUUGUCGGCACUAGAAAGGGCCAACCAGCGCGGACUGGAUCUCGGCUCGCUGCUCGCGCUCGAGCCCUACUGGGCAGAGCGCUACCCAAUAAACAACGCCCUAAUCGGCGGUGCAGAUAAAUUGCACAAGCUCUACUCAACCGAUUUUGCGCCCAUCGUCGCCGCCAGGACUUUCGGCUUGAACCUCGUCGACAAGCUUGGACCGCUGAAAGACCUCAUAAUGGCAAAGGUCAGCGGCCCAAAUUAA